CCAAUAGGAAGGUGACUCAUUUCCGGUGCAUGCAGUUCUUACAGUCUGUGAAGUCUGUGGCCAACUCAUGUUCACUCACUCACUCAAGCCCCACCCAUCUUACCGUGUCACUCUGCUCAGCAAUUGAGGAACAGGAAACAAAAACUUAGCAAAUUGUUUUGCCAUAACUUUACUGUGGCAGACUCCAGCAGUAAUUCUUGCACUGGACAAUAAGUUAUGCUAUCUGUGGUCAGCAGGAGAUGGCACUGUCAAGCCGCAUGAAUCAACUAGUACGUAGUGAAAGCCUGGAGAGAUGGGUUUUUAUUGACUCUGGGGGAUUUGGUACUGUCUACAAGGCCAGGCACAAAGACUGGGGAUUCGAUGUGGCUGUUAAGCUGCUAAAUGAUGGCUCAACACUGUGUGAAGAGGCUAAGCAUAUGGAUAUGGUCUCCUGUGAGUUUGUACUGAGGGUCUAUGGAAUUUUUGAGGGAUUUGGGCCAUGGAAAGAACCAUCCAUGCAAAAGGGAAUAGUCAUGGAGUUCAUGAGAAGAGGAUCUGUUAAAGACCUGCAGAAAACCCUGUCUGGCCCUCCACCAUGGCCCCUGGCCUUCCGCUUAGCCCAUCAAGUGGCUCUAGGCAUGAACUUCCUCCAUUUAAAGGACCUUGUACACAGUGACCUGAAACCAAGUAAUGUACUGCUGAAUGACGACCUUAACGCCAAGAUAGCAGACUUCGGUCUGUCCAGGGUUUCCACAAGCGCUUUGAAUAGCAACAGUGAAACCGGAGAGGCUGGAGGCUCAUACAUGUACAUGCCUCCAGAGGCUUUUACAGCUUCAUAUAAACCUGUCCGUGCCUUCGACAUAUACAGCUAUGGCAUCCUUCUCUGGUCGAUUGCUACUGGCAAAGAGCCCUAUCCAAAUGCUUGUUAUAGUCUUGUGGAACUGAACAUCCCUAGAGGGGACAGACCUAGCCUCGAGGACAUUGACCACAAGGUGGAAGGACUGAAAGAGCUGGUUGACCUCAUGAAGUGGUGCUGGGAUGGGAAUCCCUUGAAAAGGCCUAAAUUUACAGACUGCAUUGAUGUCACUGAGAAUUUGUUCUCAAAGCACGAGAAGGGAAUUCAUGAUGCCGUCUAUCGAGUGGCAAAACCGGAUUCAAAAACCAGUAAUCAACAACCAAACACAAGUGGGACAUUCAGUUGUUCUUCUCAGACACCAGAUGAUGCUGUCUGUGAGUUCAAACAGUCCAAGUAUGAUAUUGUGGAUCACAUUAAAAAAACUGAAACGUCUUCAACACAGGCUUCAGUCCAUGUUUCAACUCAAAGAAUGAGUGAUAAAGAUAAAGCAACGUUUGUCGAUGGCAACAGGGCAACAUUAAUUCAGGCCGUUUCAGAAGUAAUGGUGAUAGUAGACAAGCUUGGAAACAUGGUCCACAGUGAAACCUACUCAGUGAUUGAAGCUCACCUGACAAGUCAAGAAAAAAUGAGGGAUCUUUAUCAAAGGGUAUUUCGUCCAGGAGGGGUAAAGGUCAAAGCAGCCUUCUAUGACAUCCUUAGAGAAGAUCAUCCCCACCUAGUGGAAAGGCUCGGUGGAAAACACUGAUGCAAACAUGGCCUUCCUGCAUUUUAUGCCUGAAAAUGUCAAAGACUUUCCCUGCUUCUCCUCCUGCACUUUCAUUUGUUGUAAAAAAAAAAAAAAAAAGUGAUACAUUUCAUUCAUUCAUGUUUUUGCAGUUUGUUAACAUUUUUCUAUAUAAUUUCUUAAAUAAACUUUUUCAGAAAGGAGGAAUAUUAUGUCCACUUGUUUUUGUUCAAAAUGUAACAUGAUGUGUAGUUCAGGGGCUUUA